GCACCCGUUCCCUCCCCACCCGCCUCUCGCUCCGAAGCUUCUCCUCUCGGGCCUGGGUACCAGGAGGGGAGACCCGGCGUGCGCAGCUCGCGCGCGCGCGCGGCGGGGCCGGGUGGGGCGAGAGAUCGGGGCCUGAGCUAGGGGUCUGGGAGGCGGAGAUGUCGACGCCGGCGAGGAAGCGGCUGAUGCGGGACUUCAAGCGGCUGCAGCAGGACCCGCCCGCCGGCAUCAGCGGCGCGCCGCACGACAACAACAUCAUGCUCUGGAACGCCGUCAUCUUCGGGCCGGAUGACACGCCGUGGGAUGGAGGCACGUUCAAGCUGACUCUGCAAUUUACAGAAGAUUACCCCAACAAGCCUCCAACUGUUCGGUUUGUUUCGAGGAUGUUUCACCCAAACAUCUAUGCGGAUGGAAGCAUCUGCUUGGACAUCCUACAAAACCAGUGGAGCCCUAUCUAUGAUGUUGCAGCAAUAUUGACCUCUAUUCAGUCCCUGCUGUGUGACCCAAACCCAAAUUCUCCGGCUAACUCUGAAGCAGCCAGAAUGUUCAGCGAGAACAAGCGUGAGUACAACCGCAAAGUUCGUGAGGUUGUGGAACAGAGCUGGACAGCCGACUAAGUUUCUAUCCGCUUCACCAGAUGGUGCAAUAAGCAUCUGCAUUUCAUACUUGGCCGGUCUGUAUUAUCCGCUUAUAACCAUUAAAAUCCUCAGCGAUUGUUGUGUCCUUGUGGUUCAGUCCCUUGUUGUACUGCUGCCUGCCGUUUUUUCUGAUAUAGUGGUGAACGGUUUCAUGAACUCGGGUAUUGAUGCAUAUGCAAAAGUUUUAUAGCUAAGCCAAGUUGCUGCUAGGUUUA